AUGGCCACCGUACAAACAACGACAAAAACCUAUCCUUUUCUCAGUGGUUGGUUAUCUGGACCAGUGCUUAAGUUACCACGAUCUCAGUCAUUUACGAAAAUUAACGACAAGAAUGUUUCCAUGAAUGAAACACAAAUGGAAGGAUUAAAAAGUGCUCAACAAAAAUCUACUUUUUCAUGGAUACCUGUUGUGAUUGGUUGUAUCAUUGGUGCAUUACUCGGUGGAAUAGCAUUGGCUACAGCCCUUACCUACUGGCUCUCAUUAACAACAACGCCACAAAUAACAACCACCACAACGACAUCAACUACAACUUCUACACGUAUGAAAUUACUCACUAAAUGUUCUUCGUAUAAUUAA